AUGUGCAACGGCUGCGUGCACAAACAGUAUCCAGACAGGGGCAGCACAUGUCUGGAGGAUGGCUCCUAUCUGCUGAACUACCAGGGUUGUGUCAGCUGUCACCACCGAGACUUUGUCCUCAUCACCGACCGGAGGCAUGAGGACGAGGCUGGAGAGGAGGUUGUCACAUACCAGCACGUCUGCAAAAACUGUGAGCACGUGAUUGCGCGGCACGAGUACACCUUCUCUGUGGUGGACGAGUAUCAGGAGUACUCCAUGCUGUGUCUGCUGUGUGGGAAAGCGGAGGAUUCCAUCAGCAUACUCCCAAACGACCCCCGACAGUCUUCUCUGUUUUAA